CCGUUUUCUUUCCGGUAUCACCCUCACUUGUCAACAAGCGCACCUUCCUGCUGCUCCGGCGCGCGCUCUCCUCUGUCACUCUGAACCUGCAAGAUUGUGAAUUACAUAAAGUCGGCUGGAAGUUUUUCGGACACGCUUUCCAACAUACAAAAGUGAGAUUUUGCCAAAAGAUGCUGGAUCGUUGUAACAAAACAGCAUUGCUCUUUGGAUGCCUGGCUUGUCUUGUGGUGACCUCUGUUGUAAAUGCAGACGGUCGAGUGUUCGUGUUGGACCUGAGAAACUCCUCCGGCCUGCAGGGCUUCAGAGAUGCUGAGGGGGCUUGUGCCUCUCGACAAGCCCGCUUGGCAUCAGCAGAGGAGCUCCAUCAUGCUGUGGUGGAGUGCUUCUUCUCCCCAUGCACCCGUGGGUGGCUCUACGGAGGCACAGUGGGGACCACGGUGUGUAAUGUUGUGGGCAGUGCACUGAAGGCAGUGGAUGUGAGAACAGAAAACGCCACAGAGGACGCUGCUCACCUGGACGCCUUCUGUAUCAAAGACAAAGGUGUGCCGUGCGGUGACCCUCCAUCCUUUCCUAACGCCCGUCUACAGGGCCACACUGGGUAUGAGAUGGGAGAUGAGCUGCUGUACACCUGUGUGCCGGGUUACGCAAUGCCCAGUGGACACAGUGCCUUCAGCCUGCUGUGCGACAGCUGUGGAGAGUGGUAUGGACUAGUGGAGAUAUGUGUCAAAGAUGAGACUGAAAGUCCGGUGGACUACGAGGACAAGUUCACUGAUUCCUAUGGAGAGGCAGAGCACCACACUGACAGACCAGAGGAGGCUCAUGGUGAGGUGUACAAGGAGGUGCACAGAGCUGCAUACCCGGACGAGGGGAGGAGUCAGGAGCAGCAAGAAACAAGCUUCACUGUCGAAGUAGAGAAGGAGCAUCAAGACCAACAUGGAGAGCACGAUGUUGAAGGAGAGGUGAUUGGUAUAAAAUAUGAAGGAGCGGAAGAAGGAGCUGAAAAGGACGAUGACCGGGCUGUUGAGGACUUCAUAAGCCAUCCGAGGUGGGAGCAGGAGAGGAGGGAUGUGGUCAAGACUGAUGCAGCCACAGAAGCACCUGUCUCUGUUCUCUCCCAAAAACACCUCUUCUGGUUCCCCUCUGAGGCCUUCCAGGAGGAGGGAUAUCCUGUCUCCACCGAUCCAGUCACCCAGGCUACACAGAGAGCCCCAGGCGCCCAAUCAGAGGAGAGUAAAGAGCGUGACAGCCAAGAAACGCUCCACCACCAGAGUCCAGUUGAUGUCGACGACCACGAUGACGAGCGAGACGGCUACGAUGAUCCAGAUACAGAUGACGGAGAGGAUCACGAUGACAGCAACCAUGAAGAACUGGAUGCCCAUGACGACAGCCACCAUGAUGAUCUAGAUGACCACGACAUUCCAGCUCAGCAUGAUGAUCUGGACAGACGUGACCGCCACGAAGAUCAUUAUGAUCACGAUGACCAUUAUGACAUGGGCGAACACGAAGAGGGCCGCGAUCGUGUUCGCAGCCGGGAGUAUGACGAGACUUACGAUGUACAUGAAAGCUACGAAGAACACGACAACGUGACCGACGAUCGUGUCGCCGAUGAUCGAGAACAUCCUGAUGGCUCUGAGGAACAUCCUGACCCUGAUGACCGCGAGGAGCAUUACGACCCAGAGGAGGAUGACGACGACCGUUACACUGAUCACGACGAUCAUGAACACGAUGACCAUGACGGCUAUGAUGAUCAUGACAGCCAUGAAGAUGACAAUGACGGUCAUCAGCAUGUAAUAUUUUCUAUAGCAGCGGAUGAACAUCAGAACGGCACUCAGAAGGGAGCAGAAGGAGAGGCCGCCACAGAUGACACCUGGCUGGACGGCUACCCUGUCGUUUCGGAGGAAACAGAAAUUGGUGACUCCACAACAGAAAGGGUACGACCAGAGGAUACAGAGAGGGGGACAGUUGUUGGGGCAACAGACAGACCCAAUGAGGUGGAAAUUCGUGGACCGGGCCCUUACACCAGCCUACCAGAGGUGGCCGAGUCUCCCACCACAAUGCCUGCCUUAAAUCAAAGGGGCGCAGAGGAGAUGUGGCCUGGAUUCAUCCCCAGCGCCGCCCCCUCACAGCCCUCAGACUCUCCCUCAUACUCCGACACCCUGGACUACGACACACAACAGGCAGCUCCCACCCACUUCUGGCAGGGUGACCUCACUGAGCACCCCUUCCUCGAUCACGGCCCGGUUCCACCGAUGCGCGACGGCGACGACGUAGUGAUGGAAGAGCACACUUUACACAAUCUGCCCGGUGAGACCGGCGAGAGGGGUGAGAUGGAGGGAGAUAUGGGGGAGGCGAUCUGUACAGGAGACAACUGCCCUCCCCGUCCUCCGAGCUCCUCCAGCCGAGGUCCUACGGUGGCAGCGAUAAUUGUGGCGCUGUGUGCGGUCGCCACGGCGGUUAUUGUUGGGGUGUGGUGUUACCGACGGCAGCAGCAGAAGAUGAGCUCAGUGUACGAGAUGAAUGGGAAGGGCCAAAGUCAGACCAGACAGGGCCAACAGAUAGAGAUGCAGCAAAAAGUGUAAGAGUGACGGAUGAGGACAGAGGGACACUAACGGAGGGCAGAGACAUUUA